UCCGAAAAAAAUUCCCAACAAAUUUUCGCACAAUUUCUAAAAAUCGCGGCAAGCCGGAAAUAAUAAAAUGAGUGACUCAAUCCAGGACAUCGAGAUGUCGGAUGUCUCGAGGAUCGUGGAUACCCCUCACAGUAUGCCCUCUCACCCCAGGAGUUUGCACACCUCUGACAGCAUGGACUCGGGAUAUUUAUCAUUAACCCCUCACUCUUUUGGAACUCCAAGCACAAUAAAUCGUCGUCCUCCGACAAAGAGACAUUACUGGUUGAGAUCAGAGCGUUGGCAGCAGGAGCGUCGGUCAAGAUCAAAACUAAAUACCCUGAUAAAUGCAUCAGCAGAAUUUGCAGAAGGUUCAGACCUUGAACACUUGGACAGUGUCCUGGAGGGUACAACAACCGAGGACGAGAGUUUCGAGUGUGUGAGGGAUCAGAGUGCCCUGGAGUCUCGUUACAGCUUCAGAAAGGGCCUCCGAGAGUACAGAAACAGAGUGAGAAAAUGCCAGAGAGCAUCAGCUGUUGCACCAGCGAGUAUUGCCAUCCUCUCGCCUCCACCAUCACCAGCAAUUCCAUCUGCCUCGUUUAUGGCAUGUGAACCCAUCCACGAGGAUAUACAGCAAAACCUAGUCAAAACCGCCCAGAGCACGCCGUAUGAUCCCCAGGUGACUAUUCCCUCGGUGGAAAUCACCUUUUCACCGAGAACCAGUAAAAGUCCUGGCGAGGGUUUUGCCAGUGUCGAGAGAAAGGAGUUCUCGAAUCUCAGUCUUGGUGGUGGUGAUAUCAAACCCAAGAGGCUGGAUUUCAAUCUGAGAACCCACAGGGGAUACAGAAUCAGAUCAAUUCCUGAUGUAACUGGCCGAGAAACUGUUGAUAUUCUUCAGCUUCUUGGGGAGAGGAGCAAUCACGUGGAGAUUGUGUCCAAGAUACUGGGAUAUCUCAGGGCUGAGGAUCUCUGUGCUGUCAGCAUGGUGUCAAGGACAUGGAGAUCCAUCUGUGGCAAGGAUGUGCUCGCCAAUAUGAGGAGAAUCACUCACAUCUGUGUCAGGCAGAGCACUAAGGAAAAUCUAAGGCUCGUCAGAAAAGUUAAGGAAAGUGGCAUCCAGGAGAGCCCCAAGAGCAGGUACACCAGGGGUUAUCUCGUCAGUGUGCAGAAUUUUCUGCAGGUGCCCAAGAGGACUCCCAGGAGCCCACCAAUUUCACCCAGCAAGAUCAAGUUUCACUCCUUUGUCAAGGCCAGCAAAAGUCUCGCCCCGACGGAGCGUCUGUUCUCCUGUCCUAAAUGUACCUUCGCCUGUCACGUCGACAACGAGAAGAACGUGGGAACGUGCACCCGCAAGGGCUGCAGAACCGAAUUUUGUACGUACUGUUUAUCAACACCACACACUGGCUCUUGUAAAACUCCCCUUCUGGCAACACCAACAAAGCGUAAAACACCACCUCUAAUCGUGGGCUCCAAGCAGAGCAAGAGAAACCUCCGGCGUUUAUGAAAUACGAGGAUCAUCUUUAUUAUCCAGAGUCACACGUGAUAGCUCUCUCUGGAGCUCUUUCUACUGGAGCUCUUUCUACUGGAGCUCUUUCUACUGGAGUUGAAGCUCAGUUGGAAAAUAUUGGCUUGUGAUCAUCGAGUCUUUUUGGAUGUAUCCAGUUGGUUCAGCGCUGGCUGGUGAAUUUUUAUUUCCAAGGCCAAUGUCCUCGUUUCAAAUAGCAAAAAAAUUCUCGGUGCAUCACAAGGAACCAUCUGAGGAACGUCUGGCCAGACGAGUUUUUUUCGACAACUCCCUCCACCACUGCAUCAUUUCGGCAGCCUGCAAUUACUGGGAUCCCUCCGAAUAAAACGAGUUUCACCCUGGACUUGUGGAACAUACCAAGCUCUCUUUGCGUUGCCAAUUUCAAACGUCUUCGUGAGGAUGAAAAAUCCGGGGAUUAAAUUUCCAGCUAAGUGUGGUGAUAAUUAAUAUCUAUUGGAAUAUUUAUUGAGAAAAAGUAUUCCUCAUGGGGUUCGUCCUCUGGAGAUUUUUUAGGGAAUUUGUCACAGAUACCUAGUCCCUGUGUCUAGUAUUAUUGGGAGUCAGAGUUUAGUAUUUUUUAAGGUUUAGAUAGGAUUUAUUUGGUCUCAAUCUCUCGCGAUUGCCAUAGGAUGAACAAUCCCAGUGUUUAGAAUUGUUUUUAGAAUUAGGAUUAAGAUUAAUUUUGAGUCGUGGUGAGGGGUUGGAUUUUCGGUGUCUCCUCGAUUGUCUAUUUUUCCGCUAAAAUUGUCAAUUAUCUCGAAAAGUAAAAAAGAUGGGGAAAUUUUCAUUGGGACGUUUUUGCAGGUCGCGAUUAGGUCUACAGAAAAGGUUUUAACAAAAUUUUCAUUUUUUCUGUUACGUGCGGAGAUAUUUCGAAAAAAAUCGAGUAAACUUUAGCCACGGAUUUUAAAUUCCGAAAUUGAUGUCAAAUCGCCGAGAUAAAUUCAAGAUCGAUGAGAAUUGACUACUCCAGCAUUGAAUUGCCAAUUCUUGAUACCUUAUCCCCAUUUUCGUGCCAUUCCAUGUACUGCCAUACUACAACUUCCUGAUAAUUCUUCUAGCUUCAACAACAUCAGCCUCAUGGAAAAAUCAUUCCGGAAUGAUAAAACUUUUCCACGUUUUUUUCUCCGUUUUUGUUUUUCCGUCUCAUCCGUUGAGAAUUAUCUCGAUGUUUUAAUCUAUUGAUUGUACAACUGCUCUCGUAGUUGAAGUAAGAAUUAUUGGGAAAGAGAGCGAACCCUUUAGCUCGUGUUUGAGACAAAAAAAAAGGGGAAGAUAAGGAACUCCCUCGGAGAUUCGGGGUCUCGUACGUUUAUUUUUUCGCAUAUUAUUAUUAUUUUUUAUACCCUGGGACCGCGGUUCGCCCUCGGUAUUCACUUGUGGGGCGGAUCCCUUCUCUCGUGUACCUUUCGCACAAAACAAUGGGCCAGGUUGAGAGAAAAAAGAAGGAAAGGGGAACGUCGAAGGGCUUGCCCUCGAAUAAUGGCGUUUUCAUUCCUCUGAAUUUUUAUGCUCAGUUCUCAACAGUUUAUGGUUUUUUUAUCUUCAUUCUGUGGUCCAGACAAAAGCCAGGGAAUAUUAAACAAAUAGAAUAGCAGAGUCAAAUUAAUAAAGGGUAUUUCGAAAUUAUAGAAAUUGAAUAAUUCCCGAUAAUAGAAAAAAUAAAUAAAUAAAUAAUUUCGAUUGCCUCUAUAUUUUUUUACUCUCGGGUAUUUCUGGAUUGGAGUUUUGGGUAUUUUAUCGAAUUUCAAUGGUUUGGCGAGAAAAAUUAAUUGAACUUUCAAAAUUGUUGGUAGUGUACGAAAAUAUUUGUCUGCAUUCCAUUGGUUUUUUUAUAUUUUGAGUUUUGAACAUUUUUUUUUUCAAUAUUUUUCUAAUGGAGAGUAUGAGAUGAGUAAUGUGGAAUCAAUGUGUGAGGAGAGUGCGAGGAAUGAAAAUUGAUGGAGAAAAUUGAAUUGAACGAUUUGGUUUUAGUCGAAGGAAUUUUUGUUUAUGUACGUCGCUCAACUACUUAAUGGAAGGAUAAUGUAUUUUUAUAAUGAAUGUGUCGUGAAAGUAGGUCUAAGAAUCUCAAAACCAAAUCACUAUGACUACUAGUAUUUUUUAUUCUCUCUUUGGAUCCAGGAGAUUUAGGAGUUGAGGUACUCAAUGUUUUGCAUAAUUAAUUUAUUGAGUGAUUUGAUUUGUUGUUCUUUCGGUGAGUGUCGAAAUCAUGUAAUGAUUGGAACAUGGAAGUCAAUUAUUAUUAUAAUUAUUCAUUUCACUGGAGGAAGCGUGAAAUAUUUUUGGAUUUGUGAGUUGUUUAAUUUAUUUUUUAGAAUAAUUUUGGUAAUAACAAAAACUAUUUCAACUGACGAAAUAUUCGAGACAGAUGCAAUGGUGGAAAAAAAUUAUUUAUCUAUUCAACAUGGAAAUAUCAAAUUACUUAUUGCGGUUAAUUAAAUUUUCU